UAAAUACCACUGAUGGGCUCCGGUGGUCUAAUAACACACGUGUUCAUGUAAGCAAUGAUAAUAAAAAAAAAACAAGACAUUCGGUCUCUGUGAUUUUAACAAGUGUCAGUACGUAAAGUUUUACAAGAUAUUGUGUUGUUUGAUUCUUACAAAAAUGCUGAAAUUUUAUCUUGAAUGUGUCAGGUGGUCUUGAGAAUUGACUUUAUCAGUGUUACUCAAUAUUGUCAAUCAUACACGUCCAAUGUUCAAUACAAGCUAGUGUUGAUUUGAUAAGCGAUGUAUGAUGUACCGAGUGUUGUUAGUUCGUUGGUGUUGUUUCUUAUCGGCAGUUGUCACUGAAAAUGGAUAGUGGGCUCGAAGGAAAUAUUGACAAGAAGUAUAAAGCACUAUUUGGAAUUCGUCAUGUCCAGGCCGUUCUUCUGUUCCUUGGACUACUCCUCGCUUACGGUAUGAGGGCCAACAUGAGCAUCGCGAUUGUGGCUAUGACUGACAAAGACAAUGAUAAUUUUUACGACUGGAGUAUGCAGACCCAAAGCGUAAUCCUGUCCUCGUUCUUCUGGGGCUACAUCGUCUUCCAGAUCCCUGCUGGUGAGAUGGCAGCUAGGCUCGGAGGUUCGAUACUGAUCACAAUAUCCAUGGCCAUCAAUUCACUUGUCUCAGUAUUGAUACCCCUCGCUGUUAAUUACGGCGGAUGGCAGUGGGUUUGCUUGUGUCGCGUAAUCCAAGGCUUAUCACAAGGCUUUAUUGUGCCUUCGAUCAAUACUCUUAUUGGCAAAUGGGCGCCUAUUGAGGAGAAGAGCCGGUUAGGAGCUUUAAUAUAUUCCGGAAGCCAAUUAGGUAAUGCUUUUCAACUGAUGACGGCAGGCUUCAUAGCUGAUGCCUGGGGCUGGCCAGCAAUUUUCUACGCCAAUGGUGCAAUUGGAGCUGCUUGGACGGUUAUUUAUAUUUUCUUGGGAUCUGAUUCGCCUGAAAAAUCGAAAAUAAUUGGAAAAGAAGAAAAACUUUAUAUACAGAGCUCUUUAGGUCAAGUUGGAGAACCAAAGAAAUACAAAACACCAUGGAAAGAGAUUUGGACGUCACUCCCAUUCAUAUCACUGAUAGUACUCCACUGUGGACAAAAUUGGGGUUUCUGGACUCUUAUGACUGAGAUGCCGUCAUACAUGAAGCAGAUUUUGGGCGUUGAUAUUAAAGCAAACGGAGUAAUGUCAGCCCUUCCAUACUUAGGCAUGUAUAUUCUUAGUUUCCCAUUCGGGUUCCUAACCGACUAUCUACCCAACAAGAAGCUGCUGAGCGUAACUGCCACCAGGAAAUUAUCUAAUUCAAUAGGAUUUUAUGGUCCAGCCAUAGCUCUCGUAGCCCUCUCAUACUCGCCAGCUGGUGAUAUCAUGAUAGCUGCUAUUCUUCUUACUAUUGUGGUUAGUCUAAACGUUGGACAUGUGACUGGAUUAAUGAUUGUGCACUUAGACAUGGCGCCCAACUUCGCCGGCACCUUACUUGGCAUUACCAACUGUGCUGCCAACAUUGUAUCCGUCAUAGCGCCGCUAGUCGCAGGAGCAAUUUUAAAAGAUGAGACAAACCCAGCCGAUUGGCGUAAAGUCUUCUACGUAGCCUCGGCUGUGUAUAUCGUCUCAAAUACUUUCUACUUAAUUUUUGGAACAAGUGAGAGGCAGAAAUGGAACGAACCCAAUGAUUCGAAUGAUAAAACAAUGAAAAAACAAACAGCAGCUUGAAACAAUGAUCAUUUCUCAUUUAACACUUUUACUCUUUUUAUGAAUAAAUAAUAUUUCAAGAUAA